UCCCCUGGGAGAGAUCUUCCAUUUCUGCUUUUUCUUCCUUAUUUGGUUCUUCUGGUACUGAUACGACAGAUACAUGAUGGGAGUUGCAGUAACCACAAUGCAAAUGAGAUGAUAAUGACACUAUAAUUAGCUAAGGGUCAGGUCCCAGUCAUAGGGAUCAGCCUAGCUGGAAGAAAAUGGUGCUUAUUUUUCUCCAGCUGCAGGUACUGGAUACAUUCACUUUGUUACUGUUGUAACCAGUGAAGCACUUCACUUUGUAUCUUGGAGGGGGCUGUCAAUUUCCUAGGCUACAUACCCUGUCUCAAAGGGGAGGACGAAAAAGGGAACUUAUGUCAGGGGCCAGCCUGAUCCCACUGGUGCACCUGGUCACCUGAGUGGGGUGCUAACAGCAUAUUUAUGGGGAUGUUGAGGCAGAAGGAAAAGACGAAGUUUUAAAAACUUACAAUAUAGUGUGUCUACUCGCUCCAUUAAAAGUAUAUGAAAUAACAAGAAGCAAAAAAUACAACCGGUCCACUUGAGGAAUAUCCGAAGGUUCCCGCCUCCUUCUUUGGAGCUUCUGCACGCCCCUUCCCAGCGUUCCUCCUAGGCCUCUCGGCCCUUAGCUCCUAGAAGAGACGCAGCAUCGCUCAUGUUCCUGGAUGCAAGAAAAAAAACCCACAACUACAUUACCCAGAAGGCUGUGCUCCGCGAAGGGCGGUGUGCGCCAGACCGAUGACGCCAUAGAAAGGGGACGUUGUUAGCUCGCGUUGGGGACUUCCGGCGUUGCCUGAGUGGAUGUCCGUUGGUGUCGUGGCGGGUCUUUCGGGACUAAGCGGGGUUGGAACAGAGGGACGGCCCCGCCCGCGCCUUCGUGGGACCCGGGGAAGGUCGGCUGAGCCCGCGGGACGCCCAGCUCCACCACGCAGUCCAAUGGCAACUACGAUGGAGACGGCGCAGGCGUUGGUGACCUUCAAGGAUGUGGCUGUGACCUUUACUCAGGAAGAGUGGGGACAGCUUGACCUGGACCAGAGGUCCCUGUAUUGGGAAGUGAUGCUGGAGACCUGCAGCUUCCUGGUCUCCCUGGGGCAUCCGGUUCCCAAGACAGAGUUGACCCACCUGCUAGAGCAUGGGCAAAAGCUGUGGACGGUGGAGAGAGGCAUCUCACGUAGCACCUGUCCAGGUGACAGAACAAAACUUCAGACCAGCGAGCAAAGCACUUCUCAGCCAGCUUUGUAUGAAGGAGCCUUGUUCAAGGGAAGCCUGACUCCAGGAUCUCCAAGGGACUCCAAGUUGGGGCAAGCCAGUGAUUGGGAAGGAUGUUUGGAAAUGAGGCCAGAGACAGACUCCCAUAAGGAGACCCAUCCUGGGAAAAUGAGCCUUGAAGAUGAUGGAUUAGGGACAGACAAUGGUCUGCACUCCAUGGUGUUACAGGAGAGAGUCUCUAGGGGAGAUGUUCUCCAGGAAUGUGACCUGCAAGAACCAGGGAAAGGCCCCACAAUUCACACAGGGAGUAACCUCUACAAAUGCAAGCAGUGUGGGAAAGGUUUCAGCAGGAAGUGGUACCUCGUUCGCCAUCAGCAGGUUCAUGUGGGAAUGAAGCCUUAUGAAUGCAACGCAUGUGGGAAAGCCUUCAGCAGGAAGUGGUACCUCGUUCGCCAUCAGCGAGUUCACACGGGAAUGAAGCCCUACAAAUGCGACGCAUGUGGGAAAGCCUUCAGUCAGAGCUCCACCCUUAUCCGGCACUACCUCAUCCACAGCGGGGAGAAACCCUACACGUGCACAGAGUGCGGGAAGGCCUUCAGGCGCAGGUCCUACCUCGUGCAGCACCGCCCCAUCCACACAGGGGAGAAGCCCUAUGAGUGCAGCCAAUGUCGGAAGGCCUUCAGCCACCGCUCGACCUUCAUUCGCCACAACAGGACCCACACUGGAGAAAGACCCUUCGAGUGCAAAGAAUGUGCAAAGUCAUUCAGCAACAGAGCACACCUCAUCCAGCACUACGUCAUCCACACAGGGAAGAAGCCGUAUGAGUGCACAGCCUGUGGGAAGGCCUUCCGGUGCAGCGCUGAGCUCCUGCAGCACCAGCGGGUCCACACAGGCGAGAAGCCAUACGAGUGUGCGGUGUGUGGGAAGGCCUUCCACCGGAGCACGUACCUCCUGCAGCACUCUGUCAUCCACACUGGGGAGACGCCGUACAGGUGCCUCACGUGUGGGAAGGCCUUCAAACGCAGGUCCUACCUCCUGCAGCACCAGAGGGUCCACACCUGAGAAGCCCCGGCAGUGCUAAGACUAUAGAAAGGCCUUUCGUAAGGGGAUCCACAAUGGAGGAAAAACCCCUUUAAGUGCAAAGAAUGUUGGAAAGGUUUUUUUUGGUCAACUCUUCAAACACAUGAGUAGUCAGUUUGGAGAGAAGCCCUGUAAAUGCAGUGCAUGUAAGGAAGCCUUUAGCCGCUGCUCAGCCCUCCCUCUUGGAAGUGAUAGGGUAGGUAGGAAGGUAGAAAUGAGCAGGAGGAGGGAGCUAGCCCUGGUUAGGAGGCCUCUUGCAGCUGCUCUCACUUGGGACAUUAAUGGCAAUGUAUCUUUUACUGUAAUUUAAAAAGAAUUAAACAUUAACCAUAUUUCUUGAUCACACCUCGUACAUCCUGCUUCUCAGGACCAUUUUAAUGAGCUUCUCAAAUAAAUCAUGGGAAAUUAAUGGGUUCAUGCUUACAUCUGGAGAAACAACCUUGGGGACCAGAAGGGAGGAUGGGACACCUCAGCAGAGAGAGAGGAAGAUAACGGAGAGGUGGAGACAAUUCUACCCAUAGAAAUAAAAAUCCUCACACAAUGUAAGGAGAGGCUGCUUUCCUCUCUUGGGUCAGCCCACUCCAUGUCUUGGAGUGUACUUGCUUUUACUAAUAAACUUCUUGGUGUCCUAUGCUGCACAAA